AUUUUAUUAAAUAAAAUAUGUCAAAAAAAUGUUAAAACUGAUAAAAUCAAUGACUUGCCACUGCAAGACAUGACACUCCACUCAUUUGCCACACGUUGACUGAAUUAUUUUUUAUUGGUUGAAAUGUACCACAUUAACGUGUCGCAUUUCAUUUUUAUACUUGUCAUAUUGUUGAUGCUCUUUAAAUAAGUAAAAUUGAAGUCUCAAAAAGAGUUGACGGUAGGGUUUAUGCGUGGGGAAGGUAAAUCUUGACUUUUAUCUUCUCCCUCCAAACUCAAAUUUCACAGAGCUAGAGCGACCAAAUAAAGCUUCAUUGUUUUAAAUCUGUGAAUUCGGAGCCGAGAUUGAAUGAAUGGCUCUGUUGAGAGCUUCUUCUUCAUCUUCAAUGCUCAGAAAAUCCAUUCUACUCAUGGCCAAUCGCUGUUUUCUCACUCAAUGUCACGCUAGCGCCCCGUUUCUCUCUUCCUCUUCGUCUACAUCUCCUCCAUCACUUCUACUAACCAAAUUCAGGAGAAAUGGUAGCUUGAGACGGCAUCUGAAUAGGAAUUUACUUAGUUGUGUUCGAUGGACUAAAUCAUUUAUGUCAUCAAGACUUGUUAUGGAAGCUCUUCAAGAAAGAAGUGCUUCAAAUGACUAUGGGUCUGAACAGAUUCAGGUGUUGCAAGGUUUAGAUCCCGUACGAAAAAGGCCUGGAAUGUAUAUCGGCAGCACUGGAACUUGUGGCUUGCAUCAUCUGGUAUAUGAAAUAUUGGAUAAUGCUGUAGACGAAGCUCAAGCAGGCUGUGCUUCAAGAAUAGAAGUCGUCCUGCAUCUCGACAAUUCAGUGAGCAUCACUGACAACGGUCGCGGGAUUCCAACUGACUUGCAUCCAACGACCAAAAAAUCUGCUCUGGAGACUGUUUUGACGGUUCUGCAUGCAGGUGGCAAGUUUGGAGGCACAAGUAGUGGGUAUACUGUCUCAGGUGGAUUGCAUGGUGUAGGCCUUUCUGUUGUUAACGCACUGUCGGAGGAGUUAGAGGUAGUUGUCUGGCGUGAUGGUAUGGAACACAAACAGAAGUAUUCCCGUGGGAAGCCUACAACAGAUUUGAUUUUUCAUGAGUUAUCAGUUGAGCAGAAAGAACGUCGAGGGACAUCCAUACGAUUUUGGCCUGAUAAAGAAGUGUUCACAACUGAAAUAGAGUUUGACUACAAUACUCUGGCUGGACGAAUUAGGGAGCUUGCAUUUCUUAACCCUGAGCUAACUAUUGCCCUAAAGAAAGAGGAUAUAGACACAGAAAAGAACCAAUGCAAUGAGUACUAUUAUGCUGGAGGUUUGGUUGAGUACGUGAAAUGGUUGAAUGCAGAUAAGAAACCUUUGCACGAUGUGGUGGCCUUCAGAAGAGAAGUAGAUGGCAUAUUGAUUGAUGCAGCUCUUCAGUGGUGUUCAGAUGCCUACUCAGAUACAAUGCUUGGAUAUGCUAAUAGCAUACGAACAAUCGAUGGUGGCACUCACAUUGAUGGUCUAAAAGCCUCAUUAACAAGAACACUCAACAGCCUUGCGAAAAAGUCAAAGACAUAUAAAGAAAAGGAUAUUAGCUUAAGUGGUGAGCAUGUGAGAGAGGGAUUGACUUGUGUGAUUUCAGUCAAAGUAUCAAAUCCUGAAUUUGAAGGACAGACUAAGACAAGGUUGGGAAAUCCAGAGGUACGAAAGGCUGUUGAACAAAUUAUUCAAGAGUAUCUUACUGAAUACUUGGAGUUGCAUCCUGGGGUACUUGAUUCAAUUCUCUCCAAGUCUCUUAAUGCCUUGAAGGCAGCCCUUGCAGCCAAGAGGGCCAGGGAGUUGGUAAGACAAAAAAGUGUCUUAAAGUCAUCAUCUCUUCCAGGGAAGCUUGCUGAUUGUUCUUCAACAGAUCCAGAGGAAUCUGGUAUGUAUGGUUAGAUGUCAUUCCCUCAGUCCCUAUUUCAGUUCCUGGUUUGACCGGGGACACAGCUUAAUAAAAAUGUUAAGAAGUGAAGUGUGUGGUUGAAAUUUGUUUAGAAGAGAGAAAUGCUGUAAGCCACAUGUUACUAUCCUUCAAAGGAGAUGUGAGAGUAUUUUGGGAUUAACAAAAAAGAAAGUGUAAAGUUUAAAUAUCGAUUGAGGGAAUACGGCGGUUUCCAUUGUGGUUUACGAUGGUUGGUGGGAACUUGUUUUAAUGACGGAGGGACUCUGCAGUUUUUAGGGAAUGCAU